AUGACCGAACAUUUGGCUACGAUAAGACGAUAUAAGCUACUAUCAUCAGAGAUAUUGUUUCCCUAUUUGAUAUCAAAUGAUAACGCUCAAACACUGUUUAUCCCAUUGUAUGUCCGUGGUCACCACCAGUUGCCGCUCGGUACCGGCAUUGUAUUUCAAAUCAAAUAAUUACUGAGAAGUAUAAAAUAUAUUGAAAAUGGUUUUACCUGACUAUAUAAUCUAUAUUAAAUAAAUCGACAAUAAUAUUAUAGGCGGAUUUCGCUUAUCUAUGGAUCACGCUUUUUCCCUUGUCUGUGGUUUUCGUCGAGGCAUUUGGCAGUUGUCAACAUUUUUAACUAUGUUCAUAUUUCACCAAUAUAUCCCGGUUUGGUUGCUAUAUUGCUAACAUAUUUCAUCUAUCUGUAAGUCGUACCUACGUGAAUAACUUGGCUCAUUAUGGGGCCGUUAGUAUGUAUUCAUCGUUUAUCGUUUUUUUGCCCACAGCAAUUCAUUAUGAUGGAGCUGAAUAAAAAUUACUUUAUCAAUAUUAUAUGCCAUUCUGUAAACAACUGUGCGACAUUCUUGGCUGUCGAAAGUAAAUUCACAGACACUACUCCGUAUUUUAAUACGUAUUACGAGAAACUGAAAUUGUUCAACAAUUACGGCGAGUGGUUCAGUACUCUUGAUUAUGGGCUGAUGGACAUCGGGAAUGUUAGUAGCCAGUACACACACGUCUUCCGUAUUGAAAUAAUUUUUUUAACGCUUAGAAACUGUGUCGCUUUUAGGUUAUACUAAUUCAAACAGAUAUCGAAAAAAACAUUUGGUCUCGAGCAAUCGUCGCACAUGAAUUUUCGCCAAAAUACUAUCUUAUUGACCAACAGGUAAGAAUCAAGAACGUAUCCAUUAGUUUUAUUAACUAUAUUCAUUCGCCAAAAUUUAAUAGUGCAAAAAAGUAGUAUUUAAAAUGGAACUUUUCUACUUUACUGGACACCUUUUUUUGUUCUCAAAAUUUGUUUUCUAUAGCACUAAAUUAAAAAAUGUCAAUUUUUUUUUUAUAAGUUUGGUUUUAAAUGCUGAAAAUAAUGGUGCAAUCAGAUACUAUUGUUUUAGAAGUUAAAGAUCUUUAGAUUAUUUAGAAGUUAUUAUAAAUAAUAUACUGAACAAUUCUAGUUUAGCAUAGUGAUUUUUUUUCCAAAAUUGUGUUGGAUUGGUAGCAGUGAAAAAAAACAAGAACCGAGCCUUUGGUGUCCUCUAUGAGAUUGUGUUGAACUUGUAAAAUCAUAAAAACAAUUACAAAGAGAUAGAGAGAGGUAGAUAACAGAGAAAAAGUUUUUUUUUUAAAAAAGUGUUGGUUGUUACAUCUCCAGCCGCUAAAUUUUGACAUCGCUAUCGUUUUCUGUGUACCUAUCUACAUAGUUUUUUUUUAAAAAAAAAAUGCUACACAAAUUGGUGUAUGGUAAGGUAGAAAUAUUCCUACAACACAUAAAAUGAUUCAAUUAUUCACACCCAAUCAUCUCAAAUACAUUAUUUAGUGAAUUCAGUGUUUCCCAACCUAUUUUAGUUAUUGAUUAUUCUGGGCUGCAAAAGGAUGCAUUUUGCAGAGCCUCUGGACAAUUCCCUUCAUUGUUCAGAAAGUAAACUAGCUGUAUGAAAUGAAAGAAAAUAAGUUCACCUCCUUUAACUUACUCCUUUAGUCCGUGAAAUGACUGGUAUAUAUGGUUGAAACUAUUUUUCCAUUGUGCCAAAAUUAAUAAUGAUAUUAUUGUCAGUUUUUCUAUAUUAUAUUUUAUUACUAAUCGUGUUGUUUAGACUUAUUUCUAUCAUGAUUACCCGCAGCAAACAAUAUAGAAAUAACUUGUGAUCUGAUGUAUGAUCCUAAGGAACCAUUUCCAUUAACUAACCUGAUUCUGAUCCGGUUGCAGGGUAGCCACUCUGUCACUUUUUUUUGCAAGUUACUUAAAGUCUCCUUUUUAUCUUUAUAGUCACUAAAAGACACUUUUCAUUAUGAAUUUGUCAUACAUUUUUUCAAGCUAUAAUAAUUUUUCCCAGAUAUUUUAAGAUUUAUUGUUACACAAAAAGUGAUAUUUUUUCUUUUUACAUUAAGACUGAACUAAAUUAAAUUUUAGUUAUCUAAGUUAAUUAAUAUCUUUAAUCAUCUUUAAUCCUAAUUGUAAUAUUUCUAUAAAUACUAGUUGGUCAACCAAAUGUAAUCUGUAACCUUUUUUUUAGGUAUUUUUUGUUAUUUAUAAUUAUUAAUAUAUUUUGUUAAUACAUAGUAUUAUCAAGAAUUAAUAAAAAGUCUCUAUAGAAAUUUUUAAUUUUCAAUCCAUUUUUUCAAUUUUGUCAAGAUGAAAAAUAAUCAAUUCUUUAAGUUGGUACAUUGUACUUACUUGUAAUUUAAUAAUUAUAAGUAUUUAUCUAUUUUAACUACAUUUAAAAAUUGGUAUGUUUUCAUCUUACUUCAAUUUCAUGGUUAUGUCCAAUACAAAUUAUACAAUGCAUUUUAUGCAAAAUAGGUAAUAACAUAUUUAUAAACUAAGCUAAAUCUUAUGAAACUAAUUUUAUUGGUGUAUUUAAGUAAGUCUCUUUUUUGGUCAUUUUUUUAUUAUUUGAUGUCAAUUUAUCCACUAUUUUAAGUAUAACACAUUGGUGAUAACUGUAGUUUGGUGUAUCUAUUAUUUUGUUCAUUUAUAGUUUGAGUGGUUUCAUGGAUUCAAGGUUAUCAUUGUAUUUAACAUUAAAAAUAAGGGAUGUCUAAGACUUGGUAAUAUUGUAUUAUAAAACACUGAUCUGGAUAAUCUAAAAUGUACAUUUGGUUUAUUUAAAAAGAUAUAAUAAUUUUGACCUUGCAAGGAAUGGGGUUUGAAAAUAACUUUGAAAUACAUUAUUUGAAUUACAUUCAACAUAUAUUUCUCAAUUCUAAUUGAAACAUCUUUUUCUUCUUGGUUCUCACCAUCUAUCAUCAUCUUCAUUAAACAUAAAUACACUGCAUUUUAAAAAAUAGUUGAACAUGCCACUUGGCACUGUUGCCAAGAUUAUUUGCCAAUUAGUAUUCAUUACAAACUAUUUAAAUUACAAUAAUAGAGCACAAGCACAAAAAGACAAAGUAACAAAAAACAAUUUCUUCAAGGUUCAAUGAUAUAAAUCAUAAUAUUUUAAUACCCAGAAACCAUACAUUAUUUUUUUCUUUAUUAAACUCAUAGAUAAUAAAGAAAUAGCCACUCCUAUAACAAUUCUAAGUGAGGUGAAAGGGUGGUAAACUGAGGUGAUUAAUUAUUAAUCACUAUAUAUACUCCAGUCUACACGAGAAGUGAACCAUAUUUUGACUUAAAUGUGCCCAAUUAUGCACAUGUAUACACAUCACAGAACAUAAUUGAAUGGAACAAAGUGUGGGAAACAGUAUAGUAGUGGUCAGUCUACAUAUGUAAAUUGGUUUACUUUUCUUGUGGGCUUUAAUUAUAUAUUAAAGGCCUCAUUUUAUGAAACUUGGAUUACAUUUGGAAACACUGGUUAUGUAUGGAUAGCCUAUCCAUAUCUUUAUUUUCUAUGAUUAAACACCACUGGAAAAAGAGGGGGUAUGUCAACAUUGCUUCUCUGGUUCUUCACUCUUUGGCUCAGCUUACUUCACUUUCUCAUCUGCUUUAUGAUCCAUGGGAUUAUGGUGAUGAAGGCAUCACUGGACCUAAAGUUGAUGAUUAAGGAAAGUUUUCUGUUUAAAAAUGUUUUUACAUACAGAAAAACAAAAUAGAACAUUGUAGUAAAUCAUACAUUACUACAAUUCCUCAAACUAUCUUAACACCUAAAAUCAUUUAGUAAUAUAAUAGUUAUUACAAUUUAUAAGACACCAUUAGAGUGUUAUACUAUUAUAAUUAUUUUGUAAUUAUUUGAGGAUAAAGUAUUAUGGAUGGAAAGGUCCUACAUCCCUGGUAGGGAAACACUGAGUCUUACAUAGAAUUUUAUCAUAACUUAUUUAUUUAACAUUUUUGUUUAGAAGUUUUACUUAGAUGAUAAGGUGUAUGCAUUCAGGUCAUGUCCAUCCAGAUUUCUACAGUUAACACUUCCAACUUAUAAUAUUGAUAUAAAUCUGUGUUUGGAAGAUGAUCAAAUAAGAAACCAUAUUGAAACAAUCAUUUUGAAACAUCAACUGGGUCAAAUAAAUUUUAAAUUUACACCUAAAAUAUUUAAAAAUAAUAUUUAUUCUGGUAAAUUAUUUGUAAACAAUAAAAAUCUUAAAUCCAUAUCAUUGAAGAAGCUGAUAAAAUCUGUCAACAUAACCCAAUUAUUGGAUGGUUUGUAUUAAUUAUAACUUAUGUGUACAUGGAAUUUUACAAGAAUUUACUUAUACCCAACUGAUAUUAUUAAAAUUUAAAAAAAUGUGUUUUUACUCUUAAAUAUAAUUAUGAACUUAUUUAAGGCCCUUCAUUUAAACUUUUAAUGGACUAUUUGAAAUUUAAGACUAGAUUGAUCUAGGAAAGAAAUAUCCCCUCACUGUGGGAUCUAUUUAUCACUUCAUUUUAAGAUUUAACGGUUUUAAGUAAAUUCAAUUUAUAUUCAUUUCAUCAUUAUGGAAUAUUUUCAGCUUUAUUUUAAAAUGUAUACUCCUGCUUGUACUUUAAAGUCCACUGAAAAAAUGUCUGAAUCUUAGAACUGUAUGAUAAAUGGAGUUUUAUUUUCUAAGUACUUAAUAAAUAUAUGAAAAUACUCCAUAAUCCAAAAUUGAAUAAAAAAAAAAUUGCAAAAUAUGUAUUAAACACAUGUAUUGAUGUUAUAGAAAUAGAUAUGGAUCAGAAUCUCAAGAAGUUCAAAUUUCCAUUAUUUAAUCCCUUAAAUUUUGAACAUUUGGUAAGAUUUAAAAUGAUUGUAUCUGUAUAUUAUAUUUUAAUUUUUGUAUUUUUUAUUUAGAUAGGAAUUUAUAAUCCAAGACAUUUAGACAAUUUAGAUUUAUCAAACAUUAAUCUUUAUUCAAAUUCUAUUGAACUAUGUGAACUAUGUGAAAAAGAUUUUUUUUCCACUAAUAACUCUAAAUAUAUCAGUUUUGAUGAUAACUUGUCAACGGAAGGUGACUUGAUGAAUGAAUAUCCAAUCAAUAAUCCAAACACCAUAAAGACUACUGGGGAGGAAUUGGACCCCAUUCCCAUGUCUUCUUGUCAGGGGUUUUAUAGCGAAACAACAAAUGAAAAUUAUUUAUGUGAACCUAAUUUUAAGUUAAUAGAAAAUAUAUUUAAAAAACCUUUAAAGUCAUCACUAAGAAAACAAUCUGACACUAAUAAGCCCAAAAUUACAAAAAAAGUAAGUUUUGCAGAUUUACUUCCUCUUCCUUCUAUGUCAAUUACAGAAACACAGUUCUCCUGUACCAUUAAUGACAAUUGGUCUGAUAAUGAAGACUAA